GUUUACUGUUUAGCUCACAGAACAAUAUUACUCCAAGUUGAUAGCAUCUCAAUUCUUAGACGACGGAAGUUUUUGAAAAAGUUGUUUAGUGGUCAGUCGUGGGCUUAAUUAUUUAAAUAAAAAAAAAUCAUAAAGGAACACUCUAUGGUUCCCAAACUUUGUCGUUAACAAGACACUACUGAGCAGAAUGAGCAAAAAACCUAUAUCUUUCGGCAAAAUUAGCUUCAACUUUACCAAAGGUAGUUUAGACGAAAACAAGGAUGAAUCCACGUCGGGCUUUGGAACUUUCGGACGUACACCGAUACAGGAACAAAAGGAUAUCGAGGAAAUUACAGACGACUUAGAAAGUCAACACGUCCACAAAGUAAUGGGUAUCAAAAACUUCGGUAAGAAAGCCAAAAGCUUUAACGUCGAGGAGAUGAUCGAGCAAGCGAAGAAGACUGCCCAAGAAACGAGUAGAAAGAAUAUAAAGGUAUUUUCAACAGAAAAUAGUUUGUCAAAGAAAAUGGUUUGUUCAAAAAGCGAUGUGAUAGGCCUUCUGCCGGCGAAGUCUACAGGUGGUGAUGUAAGCAGUGGAGAAUCAAGUGAUGAUGAAGACUUAAUAGGGCCUCCAAUACCCUCCAAUCUGAUUGCUAAAGACCCUGAUAAAGUCCAAAGUGGUGAUGGAGGUAAAGAUGAUAAAAUAAAAGGUGAUGAAGACAGUUAUGACGAAUUGAGCGGGUCUGAUGACGAAGAGUUGAGUUUCGAGAAACGAAUACCGAAUUCGCAUGAGGUUGAAAUGCGUCACGGCACAAAAGCAGUAGUGGCUGUUGCUGUGGAUCCCUCUGGUGCUAGACUGGCCACAGGGUCUGUGGACUAUGAUGUGUCCUUUUGGGACUUUGCUGGCAUGGAUUCCUCAAUGCGUUCAUUCCGUACCCUGCAACCCUGUGAGAACCAUCCCAUAAAGGCCCUACAGUACUCAGCUACUGGCGACUCCAUAUUAGUAGUGAGCGGAGCGGCUCAGGCCAAGGUGCUGGAUAGAGAUGGCUUCGAGGUGUUGGAGUGCGUUAAAGGAGACCAAUAUAUUAAUGAUAUGGCGAAAACUAAAGGCCACACAGCCACGUUAAACAGCGGCUGCUGGCAUCCGCACAUACGGGAGGAGUUCAUGACGUGCUCCCAGGACGGAACCCUCCGCCUCUGGCUCACGGAGUCCCCCAAGCAGCACAAACACGUCAUCAAACCCCGACAGCAAGGCGGUCUGAAGACCAACCCCACAGCCUGCGCGUUUUCACGGGACGGCAACACCGUAGCCUGCGGAUGCUUCGACGGCUCCAUACAAAUGUGGGACCACAGAAAGAACUACGUGAACACCACAGCAGUACUACGGGACGCGCACCAGAAACAAAGCGAGAUUUCGUGCAUCUCUUUCUCAUAUCUAGGCUCCAGUUUAGUCAGCCGCGGGAACGACGAUACGCUAAAGAUAUGGGACCUCAGGAACUUCAGGAAACCUCUGCACGCGUUCGGGAAUCUGUUCUCCAGAUACGAGCAAACCGAUUGCGGUUUCAGCCCCGACGAUUCUAUCGUGUUCACGGGCGAGUCGCUACAGAGGAACGAAGAUGUGGGUAGAUUGAGGUUUUACAGCACGAAAACAUUCGAGGAGGUCAUGAAUAUAGAUGUCGCGAAGUCCCACGUCAUCAAGGCGGUAUGGCACGCUAAGUUGAACCAGAUCUUCGUUGGUUGCGGCAACGGCUUAGUUAAAUGUUAUUAUGAUAACAAGAAAAGUUUACGCGGCGCAAAACUCUGCAUUAUCAAAACUCACCGCAAGAAACAGUCUAUGGAGGUGGUGAGCUCGCAGCAAAUAAUAACGCCACACGCACUUCCCCUGUUCAGACAAGAGAAGUUGCGGACAAGUAAGAAGAGAAUGGAGAAGGAUAGACUUGACCCGAUGAAGUCACGGCGACCUGACCUCCCAAUCACGUCAGGUCAGGGAGGUCGGGUCGCUGCGUCGGGUAGCACUUUGAGCUCCUUCGUUAUAAGAAAUCUGGGGUUGAGCAAGAGAGUUGAUGAUGACCAGGAUCCAAGGGAGGCGAUAUUGAAAUAUGCGAAAGAAGCUGAAGAGAAUCCGUUUUGGGUAGCACCAGCUUACAAGAAGACCCAGCCCAAAGCGAUCUUUCAAGAUAGCGAAGACGAUCCUUCCGAUGCCAAGAAACCAAAGACAGAUAGUUGAAAAACAGAUAAAAUUUAAUGAAGCACACAUUUUUGGAGACUCUAAUUCCCAUUUACGUAAUAGUCCAUAGUUUUAUACUUUCUUAGAAGGUUAUUUAUUUGGAUUAAUGACAUAGGUAUCCCAAUAAAGUCUGAUUUUUAGUUGGGUAAAUAAUCAAUUAGACCCCAUCGAGGUGAACAGAAGACCUCAAAGCCGCUGGAAAAAAUCGGCCUAGGACCGUGGGUUUUGGAACUCCCUAUAAGAGACCUAUAUCCAGCAGUGGACUUCAAUCGACUGAAGUGAUGGAGAUGAAACGAAGUUUAUAUUAUACCCAUGUUUCUCUGCCAUUGUUCCGACUUUCUGUCAUACCAGAGUCGGAUUUUUUUUUAAACUGAACGCAAUCCAUCUUUUAUUCUUUGUCUAUGGCACACACAGGAGCUGUGUUUUCCGAGCAAAAUCAUCAUUGUGAUUCUCUGAACGAAAAAUAAAAUUCUACUGAUUUGGAUGGCUACAGCCAUUGUAAAUAUUGUAUAAUACUGUUAUUUUAUCGUACGCA